GUGUCGCAGUAUCUGCGUAGAAUUAUUAUGACUUGUCAAUUAGUUAGUUCCAUAAUAAUCCGCGAGACUUCUCUCGUGUUAGAUCAAAGUUUGAUGUUUGUUUUGUUUAUGUGACAGACUGUGUUUUGUUUGUGUGACGUUCGUUUGUUUGUGGAUCAGCUCGGAACUACACAGAAGUUUCUUUCCGUUUUAUUUAAAUAGAUAUGUGAAUUACAUAAAGAAUGUUUUUCUUUUAUUCAACAAAAAGCCUUUAAAACUUAUUCUAGUAAAAGUUUAUUGAUUAUGAUUCGUUUACAUUACCGAACAAUGCUUCGGUUACAGAAGUGUCUCUACAUAAACAUUUAUUUAUCACUGAUAUGGGGAGUUGUUGUUGCGUUCUUUUUGUAUGUUAAGAUUGAAGCCUUGGGUCAUCUUACAAAAUAUUUAUCAGUGACUGUGUACACACUGUUGGUGGUCGUUGAAUCUGUUCGAUUGUAUUUGGGCCACUAUGGGAACCUAGCUAGCAGUGUACCGGAACUAGCUGGCUUCUUGAUGCUGACAGUUUUGAUGCAAAUGCCUCUAGUUAGUUUCUUCUUGUUCAACCCAUACUUACUCAGUACACCAACAGAAGUUACCCUGCACACUUUGCUGUGGGCCAUAAGCAUAUCAGAGAUUGUAUUCGGAUUCUUAGCAUUAAGGAGAGCUUCUAAUUUUGCAAAGACAGUUUAUUUAUCAAAUUGAACAGACAGGUGAGGUCCUUGAUUACAAUUAAAAUUUUAAAAAUUCUAGAUAAAAAUAAAUGUGU